AUAGAAGCAGAAAAACAAAAGCUUCAUUCUCACUCAAACCCACAGCCUGGUAGCAACAUCCGAACUGACGAAUACCAAACAACAAACACUAAAAAGAGGAAAAGGGUAAUUGUUUCCAAGCUAAUCUCAGUUAACCCAUGCCUAAUAAUGCUUUUAAGAUGAAGAGAGAGAAUUUACAAAGUGAAACUUGUCCUGAUAUGUAUAUAUAGUUUCUGGUUGUGAACCUCUUUGAUUGAAUCUAGAGAGUAACAACAAUGGCUGCUCUGCUUCGGUUUUGUUUCUCAGUCGUUGUGCUGCUCCUUCAUGCCAUUCUCUUGUUCUCUCAUUCUGUCAGAGCUGAUGAUGAGGUAGAGGAACUUCUCCAAGGACUUAACAGAUACCGGGCAUCCUCAAAAUUGCCAACCUUGAAAGAGAAUGACAAUGCAGACUGCUUUGCAGAUCAACUGGCUGAGGAAAUGAAGUCAAAGCCCUGCACCAACACGACCGGCUCCAACACUGUUCCAGGCACCGAGCCCCAGUUUUCCAACUAUCCAGACCUUCUGGCUAAAUGUCAUCUAAACACAACCAACACAAAAGAUGGAGUGAUAAUGCCUGCUUGUGUUCCUGAUCUGGAAUCAAGUCUUGUACUCUCCAACUAUACAGAGUCACACUACUCUGGUUAUCUCAAUGACAGCACUUACACAGGAGCUGGCAUUGGUUCUGAAGGAAACUGGAUUGUCGUCGUUCUGACCACAAACACACCUGGAGGGAAUUUUGCAUCUGAGACUAGUUUGGGUCACAAAAACAGUGCAAUCUGCCCCUUACUGACUUUAUUCUUGGGUUUUAUUUUCGUUUUAGUGAGGUGCAUUGCUGAAGUAUAUGUAAAUUGUUAGAUGAAUUUUCCUUUUUUUUUUUUUUGGCUGUUGGUUGGAUUUCAGUGUGCUUCAAUGGUCUUUGAACAAUGUAAGAUGAGAAACUGUUUAACAGGAUAUAAGAGUUUGUUAAGAGACCCAUAGAGAUGUGCUAAAAGGUAAGAUUAUUAGAAUAUCUUUAUGAACUGUUUAUAUCUUUGAAUACCA